GUCCAGCACCAAGGGCACCUACUUCCCCCCGAUCCUGAAUCCUCCUCCGUCUCCUGCCACGGUCCGCUCCCAGUACACCAUGGAGUUUGGUUACUCCUCCAACAGUCCCUCCACACACAGAUCCUACAGUUACCGCCCCUACACCUACCGCCACUUCGCCCCCCCAACCACCCCCUGCAGCACGGACGUGUGCGACAGCGACUACACGCCGGGACGCCGGGCGCCGCUCAAGUCCAGCUCCGCCGCCGCCGCUAAGGGCUACACCAGCGACCUCAACUACGACUCGGAGCCUUUCCCGCCGCCGCCGACCCCCCGCAGCCAGUACCUGUCGGCGGAGGAGAACUGUGAGAGCUGCCCGCCGUCGCCUUACACCGAACGCAGCUACUCCCACCACCUCUACCCGCCGCCGCCGUCGCCCUGCACGGACUCCUCGUGAGCUAACCCCCCCCCCCCCUCCCUCGGCACGGCUCCGCCCCCUCACUGUAAAUAGCAAUUGUGCAUAUAAAGAGGUUAAAAAUGGGAAGAGAGACUGAUGAGGAGGCGCGAGACGAGAAGAGGAACAAAAAAGGAGGAGCUGCAGAACAUUUGUACAGUGAAAAAGAGAAAAAGCAUAUUUAUAUUUUCUAUACAGUGUUUACUGAUGACGCCAUCGAGGUUUGUAUUAAGAAAUUUGUAAAUUUUUUUUAAGAAAAAUGUUUUAUUAAAAUCAUCACAAAUAUAAGUUGCCUUAAAAGCAGGAGGAGAACGAGGCUGAAGGACAAACAGCAGGACGAUUUAACUUAUCCGAUGCCAAAUAUGAAAAACAUCAAUCGCUACAGGAGAAGAAGAGAAAAGUCCCCCCACCCCCGCCCUCCCGGAGGCGGCCAUCUUGUCUGUAGUUACCAUGUAAACUGGAACGCUGGAGAACGUGGUACUGGGUCUUUGAUUUAAAAAUUUACCUCCUCGUUUUACAAAAAACGGUUGUGUCUGUCGUGGAUGUGAGUCAUGUGACACCAGGUUCUGAAAGGUGAAGCAAUAACACUAACGCAAGGCACAUAUUUAUUACCCAAGUAUUGGCGAGGCUGCAGAGCUAGAGUACGGAGGCCCUGGAGGGACACGAGGGGAAGGUCCCGAAGAUCUCAAGACAAUCUGCCUUUUUUUUGUUUUUGUUUUUUUAGCAGAACUCCGCUCGUGUCCCUUCAGGGCCUCCGUACGCACAAAUCAAAUUUUUUUUUUCCCACUACACGCUAAGAGAUCAGGCCGCUGAGAACAUGACUCGCAUCCCAUACGGUUUAAACCAAAACGCACGCUCGUGUGUGACAUUUCCUGUCUCGUUGAAACGUUCGAAUGCUCGACUGCAACUGUUUUAAGUGAAAACGACCCAAAGCUGCAUCCGUCACUCUCUCCCUCCACCUCUUGGUUUUAAUCUUGUUGUUUUGUUUGUUUUUUUUAACCCCUUGUUGUCAAACACGGAGGAAGCAGCAGCGUCUCCCUCCAAGAACACGAUCUUGUGCCUGACCAGUUACAACAUCUUCAUAUGCUUUUUUAUUUUUAUUUUAAAUGUUUUAUGUUGUUGGUACUUUGAGAAAAAAAAAAACACAAAGGAAAUCCAGUGCCCACUAAAUGCUAUAUAGUAUUUUUGUACCACAUAUUGUGUAGAUAACGUAUUUAUAAGCUAUAUAGAAAAAA